UGUGCAACACCGUCGGCAUUUCCUACUCGAAACCGAAACGGCACGGAAAACCUCUUUUAGAACUUCUCUGAAUUCAAUAAUUUGAAUUUGAUGAAUUCAUUGUUUUGUAAUUUAUCGAAGACAACUAAACACACCUUUAGAACCUGUAAACUUUAUUCGAAAUCUCGCUUGUUAUACCCGGUCAGUACGCAUUUGUGUAGAGCGGUGUGCAAGUACAUUUCCACCCGGCCGAAACUUGUCACAGUACAAUCACGCACAAAGUCUUUUCUAUAUUAUCAAAUUAUCAGCAGAAGAGUUAACUCAACCAUGCCUUCAAAAGAACCAUUUCAGCGUCUUCCAACAACUGUGAAGCCAGUGAACUAUGAUAUUCAGCUUAAACCAAACUUGAAGACCUUCGUCUUUGAGGGGAUUGAAUCCAUCAAUAUCGAGGUGUCAUCACCAACUAAAACGGUGACCUUGAACUCUAUUGAAAUUGAGAUCAGUUCUGUCUCGUACUUGGCAGAAGGAGAAACCAGUGAAGUUACCGGAGCUGUCGAAUACAAGAAAGAAAAUGAGACUGCAAGUUUCACUUUCCCAAGUGAGCUGAAGGUUGGAAAAGGAUUGUUGAAGAUACAGUUCACUGGAGAGUUAAAUGAUCGUAUGAAAGGAUUCUACAGAAGCAAAUACACUGGACCGGAUGGGGAGGAUAGAUAUGCUGCUGUAACACAGUUUGAGGCAUCAGAUGCACGCAGAUCUUUCCCUUGUUGGGAUGAGCCAGCUCUGAAGGCAACAUUCGACAUUACAUUGAUUGUGCCAAAGAAUAGAGUUGCACUGUCUAAUAUGCCUGUAGUAUCAGAAACCGAGGAUCUCGCCCACAGUAAUCAUAAAGUUGUGAAGUACGACAGAUCUCCUAUCAUGUCCACAUACCUGUUGGCUUUUGUGGUAGGCGAGUAUGAUUUUGUAGAAGGCCAGGAUGUAAAUGGAGUGAAGAUCAGAGUUUAUACACCAGUGGGGAAGAAAGAGCAAGGACAGUUUGCACUUGAUGUAGCUGUGAAGACAUUGCCUUUCUACAAGAACUACUUUAACAUUGCUUACCCAUUGCCUAAAAUAGACCUGAUAGCCAUAGCUGAUUUCUCUGCAGGUGCGAUGGAGAAUUGGGGUUUAGUUACUUACAGAGAGACAGCUCUGUUGAUCGACCCACAGAACUCUUCUUCAAAAACGAAACAAUGGGUGGCUCUAGUAGUGGGGCAUGAACUGGCACAUCAAUGGUUUGGUAACCUAGUCACCAUGGAAUGGUGGACUCACCUGUGGCUGAAUGAGGGAUUUGCGUCUUGGAUAGAAUAUCUGUGUGUAGAUCAUUGUUUCCCAGAGUUUGAUAUCUGGACACAGUUUGUCAACCAGGAUCUUGGUCGAGCACUUGAACUUGAUGCCUUACACACAAGCCAUCCUAUUGAGGUUCCCGUAGGCAGUCCAGAUGAGGUCGAUGAAAUUUUUGAUGCCAUAUCUUACAGCAAGGGUGCCUCAGUGAUCAGAAUGUUACAUGACUAUAUUGGAGACGCAGAUUUCAGAAAGGGAAUGAAUAGUUACUUGACUGAGUUUGCCUACAAGAACACAUUUACUGAGGAUCUGUGGGCAUCGCUAGGAACAGCAAGCGGUAAACCUGUCGGCAAGAUAAUGACAACAUGGACCAAGCAGAUGGGAUUCCCAGUGAUUAAGGUAUCAGAGAAACAGGAUGGAACAAAGAGAGUGUUGGAGAUUUCACAGGAAAAGUUUAAUGCUGAUGGGAAAACUAAAGAAGGAGAGAGCACUCAAUGGUUGGUUCCCAUCACAGUGUGCACAUCAGAGAGUCCAGAGAAACCAGUCAAGAUAGUAUUACUGGAGGAAGCCAAAAUGACUAUUGAACUAGAUGAUGUUAAACCAGAAACAUGGGUCAAGUUGAAUGCAGGUUCAGUUGGAGUAUAUCGAGUACAGUAUUCGUCAGAGAUGUUGGAUCGUUUUGUGCCGGCUGUAAGGGACAAAGCCCUCUCAUCCAGGGAUAGACUUGGUCUACAAAAUGACCUGUUUGCUCUGGCAAGAGCAGGACUGGCAUCAUCUGUGGAUGUGCUUAAAGUUGCUGAGGGCUAUGUGAAUGAGGACAAUUACACUGUAUGGUCAGACCUGACGAUGAACUUGUCCACAAUAUCAAACAUGAUACAGUACACAGAUGCUGAGGAGGCCUAUAAACAGUUUGCUAGAUCUCUGUAUGGACCAGUGGCUAAAAAACUGGGCUGGGAGAGUAAGCCAGAUGAAGGUGUGUUGACAGCAAUGUUACGUGACCUAGUGUUGUUGGUAAUGGGUCGAAGCGGUGACCCUGACACAAUUGCCGAGGCUACCAAACGAUUUGAAGCUCACUGUGAAGGAAAAUGUACAAUCCCAGCAGAUCUCCGGGCAACUGUAUACGCAACAGUAUUAACAAACGGAAAUGAAGAAACAUACAAUAAAAUGCUCAAGCUGUAUGACAGUACGGACCUACAGGAGGAGAAGGUCAGGAUCAGUAGACUGCUGGGUAAGGUGAAAACUGAAAGCCUCAUCAAAAGAACACUGGAGUUUGCCAUGUCUGACAAAGUAAGGUCCCAGGACACAGUGUUUGUAAUAGCUGGAGUGACGGGAUCCAAACUAGGAAGGGAUAUGGGUUGGACAUUUGUUAAACAGAACUGGGACGCUUUACACAAAAGAUACCAGGGAGGGUUCUUGUUGUCAAGGAUUACAAAGUGUAUGACAGAACAUUUCGUCACAGAAGAUAAAGCAAAAGAAAUUGAGGAGUUUUUCAAAGCCAACCCAGCCCCAGCAGCAGAGAGGAGCAUACAACAGGCUGUUGAAAAUGUCCGAUUGAACGCUCAAUGGAUGAAGAACCAGUCCGAGAAAGUGACCAGCUUCUUAAAGGAGCGUCCAUCUGCCUGACUGCAGUGUGACCAGUCUGGCUCUAAACUGUAAAAACGUUGCCAUUUUACUAAUAUAUAGAUAUUUACACAUCUAAGAGUGUGUUUUCGAUGAGAGAGGACCAAUUGCUUGUGAUUUUUGAAAAGAGUGGACCCAUUACCUUUAAUUACAAAAAAACUGACUUAAUACAUAAAAAUAUGUAUGUGAUCAGCUGGCAAUACAAUUGUUACUGACAACAAUUUUUUAAGUUGAUAUAAAAUGACUUCUUGUUUCUUUACUGAUAAAUUCCUUUUGCGUAGUUACAUUUGUAGAACAUACAAUAUAUAAACUUAAUCCAAAAAAGAAAAUACUCAGUUGCCUUAAAUUUUUAUGUGCAAUUCAUUGUGGUAUAGAAUUAUUUAUUUUUAGGAACCUUAGCAUUAAAAUCAAAAAACUUUAUACUGUAUAACAUAUAUCUACAAUUACUUACAGUUGAACCUGUCUUAGUAGCCACCUGUCUCAAGAGGCCACUUAGUUUAAGCAGUCUAUCACUUAAGUAACAAAAUUGAAUUUGUUUUAAUUUCAUCUUGUCUUGAGCAGUCACUUGUGUUAAACAGCCGGCAAAGAAAGUGAACAAUUCUGACUGCUUAAGGCAGGUGGCGGUUUAAGACAAGUUGAAAGAAAAAGUCUUACUUUGGAGCUUGACUAACUGCAGAUUUGUCUGCAUGCUGUUUCUCCUACUUACUGCUGGAUUAUUGUCUAGGGGAUUUUCACUUUACACAAAGAAAAACCAUUUUCUUAGACUACCUGAAUACACGUGUAUAUUAAAACUCCACAUCUCAGUUCUAUAUUCAGUUGAUGAAAAUCUUUUAUGUGUUGCAUAUAUUCAGAGCGUUUUGAUUUUUCUGAUUUUUCUACAUUAUUCAGAAAUUAACACUUUUUUAUUACUAUUUAUCACUUAGGCCACCUUUAAGAAAAUUUGUUGAAUGUGCUCAAAUUGAACCACCAAAAUGGCACUACACAAAUGUAUAUAUACUUGUGCAGGUUUUAUUUUUUCUACUAUAGAUAUUUAGCUUUCUGUUCAGUUCCUUUUUGUUGUUAUACCCUCUGUCAAUUGUAUUUAAGGCUUGAUUAGUAAAGUAAGUUUUGUGAAAAAAUGAUUGCGCCCGAAAAUGAGUUCAGUUAACUGUGGAAGUACUGUCAUUUUCUGUAUUGACUCGAGUCUGGAAACAAAAUCACCCUCCUACCGUCCAUCCUCAAAAUAUCUGUGUGGCACAACAAAUGUUUUGUUUUUUUUAAGAUUGGCCUUAUGUAUUAAUUGUUGCAACCAUUUCCAUAAAAUGGCAGUGAAAAUGGUAGUUUUCUUUCUUAAUGUAGUGUUUUGUGUUAAUGGUAACAGGGUUAGAGUUUUCUUACAAGGUUAGAUUGUUAGGUAUUUUUUUAACGUUUUCUAUAUAUAUUUUCACCUGUAAAAAUUUAGAAUUACUAAUAAUCGACAAUUCUACUAAUUUUCAGUUUUUACAAUGAAUUAAUUUUUGGGUAUAUGAAAGAUUAUGCCUUUUGUAAUGAAUGGUAGAGAAAUCACCACCCUUAAUGAAUUUGGAAAGAAUCAUCUUGCUGGAAUGUAUUUUAAAAAAUCUGAAAAGUCUGUGAGUGGUUAGUCACUCUAAAUGUCAUCAUCUAAAAGUGCUACCUGUAAUUUAUUAACUUGAUAUAAAAUAAAAUUAAUGAAAGA